CCCAGGAGAUAGUAUUGAUAAACUUGGGAAACAGUGCUUAAAAGGGGUUGUUGCACUUGGAGUAGUACAUCUAGCUCUCUACAUCUGCCACAUGAUUUUGUAUGUAUAGGUGCAGUAGGGUGAUGAGAAGAUAGUAAAAGACGGGAAAAUCUGGAGUGUCUCUUUCCUUGUAGGUAUUCUAGGUAAGCAGCGGUACUGCAGUGGUUUUAGUGAAAUUAGUAAUGCUGGAUUUUAGAAUUCUAAUAUCACUAGGGAAAUAAGGCUGUACAAGUAACUCCAGCAAUACCAUACACUGCUAGCAAGCUUGUCAUACAGCCAUGAGCAGCCGCUGUGGGACUUGGAUUUCUAUGCAAUGAGAGUUAUCUUGUGUCUGUGGAUGCAUGUAGAUUUGUUGUCAGUGGUUAUUUAAGAGGAAUUGUGACACACAGGAAGGCUCCACGUCAUCUGUCAUAAGAGUUACACAUUCACUCAGCAAUAGCAUUUGUCUUCUCUUUUACCAGGGAGAAAAUGGUAUCUUUAAAAAAAAUCCUUAUAUAAAAGGAAAUUAAGACUUCCUUAAGGCUAGCCAUAUCUAAAAUUACUUCUGUAGGAGGCCACGGCAAUUCCACUUUGGUUUCACACAUCUGGGAAUUAAUAAAGUGUCAGAACUUUAGAUAAGUACAUAAAAAGUGAAAGGAGACAUUAAUAGUGUUCUGAAUCAAAUCUGCUCUGCAGAUUUUAGCUAUGUAUCUAAUUCCGUAAUUCAUCCAAAAGUUAAAAUUAGAAUCUGAAGAUUUGUGAGAACAUACAGUUGUUCAUGAUAGAUGGUCAUUCAGCUGCUGGAAAGCAGUCUGUCAUUUUCUGUGAGCAUCUUCAAAACCAGCUGAAAGCAGAGAAUAAUGUCUGUGCUGAGUGUUAAGGAGUUGCAUGUGUUGGCUUUUAGUGUUGUCCAUUUCUGAUACACAGUGAAUUUUAUCCUUCACCACUAGUCUUGAUGAAGUGAAACAGGCAUGGAAUGGAACAAAAUUCUGCUUGUGAAAUUCUGUGCCCACCUGUACUUCAGAUCUCACUGAGCAUUUCUCAAUUAAAAAUAGCUUCAGACAGUAAAGUCAUGACAUGUGCUGCUGUUUGGAGGAUGCCGAAGGAAUUGGAAUCAGGCAGUCAUGAAUCCCCUGAUGAUUCAUCGAGCAACACUCAAACCCUGGAGCUACUCUGUCACCUUGACAACACAGCCCAUGGCAAUAUGGCCUGUGUUAUGUGGGAACCAAUGGGAGACGGUAGAAAGGUGAUUUCGCUGGCUGAUAAUAACAUAUUAUUAUGGGAUUUGCAGGAAAGUUCAGCUAAAGCUGUGCUCUCUAGUUCUGCAGCCUUGGAAGGGAAGGGACAAUUAAAAUUUACUUCUGGAAGAUGGAGUCCACACCACAAUUGCACACAGAUUGCAACAGCCAAUGACACCACUGUUCGAGGAUGGGAUACACGAAGCAUGAGACAGAUAUAUUGCAUAGAAAAUGCACAUGGACAGCUGGUACGAGACCUAGACUUUAAUCCCAAUAAGCAGUACUACCUGGCUAGCUGUGGAGAUGACUGCAAGGUGAAAUUCUGGGACACAAGAAAUGUCACUGAACCUGUGAAGACACUAGAGGAGCAUUCCCACUGGGUAUGGAAUGUCAGAUACAAUCAUUCUCAUGAUCAGCUGAUCCUUACAGGAAGCAGUGAUAGCAGAGUUAUCCUGUCUAAUAUGGUAUCAAUUUCUUCUGAACCAUUUGGACAUAUGGUAGAUGAUGAUGAGCUAAGUGACCAAGAGGACCAGCAUCAAGAAGAGAAGAUUUUUGUAUACAGGCCUUUCAGGAUUAAAGAGCCCCUUCAGGACAGUGUAAUAGCCACCUAUGAAGAACAUGAAGAUAGUGUAUAUGCAGUUGAAUGGUCCUCAGCAGACCCAUGGCUAUUUGCCUCUUUAAGUUAUGAUGGGAGACUUGUUAUUAACAGGGUACCCAGAGCUCUUAAAUAUCACAUACUGUUAUGACUUGUUCGGAUCAUGAUGGAGUUGUUAUCUUGAUGUACACAAUUGGUAGGUAUUGUUUAGGGGGUUGGGGUUUGGUGUUUUUUUUCAGGAUCUGUUUUUACUAAGUAUAAAUGAUGAAAUUAUGUUAAUAUAUGUGCUAAUGUAGACACUUUUGUCUCUGUAUUUGCCUUGGAAACUGAUACAUUUUCUGAAGGCUGUUCUAGUUAGAUGUUUGUUGAGGUUUUGGGUUUGUUUUGUUUUAGGGGCUAAUCACUUUGUCAGCUACAAAGUUUCUGGAGAUAAUGAGUACUUCCCAUACUAUCACUAUAUUACUUCAGCUUUAUGCAAAUAUAGUGGAUUACAGAGGUAUUAUUAUGCUGAUUUAAAAGUGGAACAAUGUAGGGUGCAUGUAGCAGAAGUAAUCUACUCAUUUACAAGAAUAAUAUUUUAUCUUUCUGAUGUGCACAGCUUUCUGCUCUUAGCUAGGGCCACAUUCUGCUAAUGAUUCUGGUCAUUCUUCAGUGUUUAUAAAUACAGUUUGGAAUGGUCUUUUACGGCUUUCUUAAUUCAGUCUAAUAUUUUAGACACUUUUUUCUACCAUUUGGCAUAUCCUAAAAAGAAAUGCUAAUUGUGAAGGGGAAGCCAUCGAAAUAUAUUUUUCAUUUAAACCUUAUGGCUGUAUCAUAAAGUACCAUCCUGUAAUUUGCAAACUAAAUGCAAUUUUGAGCUGUGUGUUGUUGCAAUCAAUAUUAGUCUUUACCAAAAUCUCUUGUAUACUCAUGUAAUGUAUUAUCCCACUUUUACAAAACUUGUUUGUGCUGUAAUGUAUUUUGAGGGACUCUGGAGCUAUGCCAUUGUUAACCUGAAAAAUCUCUUUAAUAUUUGUAAGUAGUCUCUCUCUCUUACGCUUUUGGCUCUGUGCCAUUCUGUAGUAAGCUGACAUGAUGUAAGAGGCUUUUUAACUAAGCACAAAAUAACCUUUGUUAUAUCUUACUCUUUGCAAUACCUGCCCUAGGCAUUGGUGACUAUCUUGUUACAGAUGCUGAGAACAGGCAGAUGCUGCUGUGCAGGAGAAUGCAGGGAAAUCUUGAGAUGUAGAUGGAAGGCAUGGUGAAACAUGCCUGUAUGUGCUGACACCCACCCUUCUCUUUGCAUAGCUUGCAUUAAGAUGGAAAUUCUGCUGCUUAUUCUUUGUGUACUCGGUACACAGCAGUAAUUUAUUCCCUGUCACCUUUUAAUUGCUAUUAUUUCACAUUAAUUUUAGAACCUGGGUAUGUGCGGUGGUGUUGGUUGCAGUAGCAUUGUGUUAAGACCACUCUGAAGAAAUGGCAAUGAAUAUGGGAUGGAAAGAUCAAUCCCAGCCUCUUCCAGUGAUUCCUCCUGUUGCUAUGGCAACUGUUGGUGUUAGGGUUGAGGGACAGCCUGCUGCUCACCUCUGUCCUUACCCACUCUUGCAUCAAAACACGUUCGAAUGUGGCUUGUUGUGUGUACACAGCAGCUUCAGUGAGAUCACACAGCAUGACUGACUGAUGUAAGCCAAAACAUCCAGAAAAGAUGGAAGUUGACUUCUCUUUUUCUGGCUUUCUUAAAGAGCUUGUUUGGAAGAAUUCAUAGGAGUGAAGUAAUCCAAUGAAAUCAUCUGUAUUAUUGUUUGUAUUUAUGUUACAAUGCUGCUUGUCUGCUCCAGAAUGAAUACGUCAUUGGAAAUUCUGAUGGUCUGAUUUUCUGCAUUAAGAUUUUAAACUUGUGUUAUUUCACAUUGUCUCAAUCUGUAAUUAGGCAUGAGCUAUUCACCUGUACACUGGGAGAAAAAUUGCAUUUCCAAAUCAGUAGUGCUUCAGUUGUCUAUCAAAAUCCUUGGCUGGGCUGCAGCUGUAUAUAUGGAGCUUUAAAUCUUCAGACAACCUUGUUGGUUCUUCGUGUUGUGGUGGUGUCCUCCCUGCUUUCUCCACACCCCAAACAACAAAACCAACCAACCAAUUUAAAAAAAAAAAAAGGCAACUAAAAGACCCACCAAACCCCAAACUAAACAAACCGUACCAAAACAAGCAACCACCCUACAGCAGGACUCUUUAAACUUUCUUCACAUUAGCAAUAAAGGUCUAAUGAAACUUUAUUAUCUGUUAAUGUAUAAGGAUACCAGUAUGAAGGUGAUGGGAAAUUACAUAAGAGUAUGUGGGAUUUGAUAUUUAAAAUAUAAUAAAUGUGGGACAGCUUUCA